CAAAAAAUAAAAUAUAUGGUUUCAACCAAUCAUUGAUAUUUAUGAAGCAUAUUUAUUAUUACUUUUUAAUGCGAAAUUUUAUGGAAAUUGAGGCGCAUGAUAUCCACUUUUUUUCUUUCUCCUUUAAAGACCUUUCUUUUAACCAUUAACAACCGAUGAAUAUGGAUGUAUCUGGACAACAAUCGACACCUUCUCAAUCUCUCAAGCUUCCAAUACCGAGGCUUUCACCAACUUCUUUGCUUACGCCAAACACUAAAUUUUCGGACAUGUUGAUUCCCAAUAAUUGGACACAACAAACUCAAUUACCAAUAAACCUACCUACGACAUGUCAACCCAUGUCCUCAAUGAGCAAACAAAACAAGAGAGGACGUAAACCAUUAUCAAAAAUGCCCGAAACUAAAAAACAUAUCCAAAACUUGACGAAUCAAAGAGCUUUUCGCAGAAGACGCGAAGAUUAUGUUCGUACUUUGGAAAAUAAGGCCACCACUUAUGAGAUAUUAUAUAACGAAGCUCAAAAUGAUAUUAAACUUUUACGAGACCGGCUGAACUUACUUGAAAGAAGACUUGCAAAUGCGCAAACUCAAGGAAAUCAAAAUGAUAAAUUAUGCAACACAUCCGUAUACCAAGAAAGCGACGCUCCUGGUGACACUUCCAUAAGUAAUGGCACAUAUGAUGGUUUGGGAUUUCAAAUAUCCUAAACUUAGCAACUUAGCAACUUAGCUAGGGUCUCAAGUUUUAUAGUAGAGUUUGAACUACAAUAGAUUCACUCGCUCACUUAAAUGUUUGAAAUUCAAUGUGCGAAAAGCGCGCGUACACAAAUUUUUUAAAACCGUGCAUGAAAAAUUUUUUUAUGUACUCUUUCAUAAAAAAAUUUUUGUGUGCGUAAAAAAGGCACACAAAAAUUUUGUAUCAUAAAAAAAUGCGACUUACACAUAAUUUAAAAGUUGCGCAUAUAAAAAUCUCAAAUCAUGUGCGUAUUCCGCACAUGAUUUAAAAUUUGAAUUUCAAAACACCG